AUUAUUGUUAUUACUGUCACUAUGAUUGUUGUUAUUAAAUUUUUGUAACUGGUAAUCGACGGUUUUUAAUUUUUUUUAAUUGAUAAUAAUAAUUGUUGGAGUGGUGGAGGAUGGCAAUUGGCAAUAUAUAAAUUAAAAAAAAAAAGAGAAUAAAAAAGAGAGAGAGAGAGAAAACUGUCAACAAUAAUAUUUACAAAAUGGCUGACAGUGAAAAGGAGGAGGCACACAAUCUCCAAAAAGAAUUUGAAUGGGUUCUUCAUGAUGAAGUGCAUUCUUCGCUUGUACAACUUCGAGGUCUCUUGAUGGAAUGUGCACAAGCAUUUCCAUCACCAUUAUUUGGAAGUGAGCAACAAUACAAGACAGAUAAAUUUGUCUUUUCAGGACAUCAUGAUCAAGUUAAAUGUAUAACAACAUUAACUGGUGAUAGUAUAACAACUGCUGAAGUUACAUUUAAAAUUCAACGACAACCAAAUGCAAUAAUGAAAACAAGUAUACAAACAGAUCAUCCAUGGAAAUUACAACAAAUACAAGAUGCUGCAAAUCAUUUACAACAAGCAAUAGCACAUAUUGAUAAUGUUGAUCCACAUUAUUGUUUUAAAACAUCUGAUGAAAUAAUGCAUAUACUUGGUAAUAUACUUGGUUGUCUUCAACGUAGUCGUACUAGUCUAAUUGUACCAAAAAAAAAAGCCAUUGAUGAUCUUAUUAAAAGUCGUAAUAUGAAAUCAUUGAAUCCAAAUUUACCAGAAAAUCUUGCAAUAAGCUUUUAUAUACAAAGUUAUAAAUUGGUAUUAGCUGUUUAUCAGCUUGAAAGUACUCAUGGAAGUGUUAAAUAUGAUUCACAACAAGCUGAAUGUAGUAUUCCAUGGUUAAAUGAUGCAUUGGUACUUUUAACUGUUUCUUUGCAAUUAUGUCAAAGGCUAAAAGACAAGAUCUGUGUUUUUUCUCAGUAUAAAGAUUUUACUGUUGGUUUUUAAAUGUUUUAUUUAACAAAAAUUAAUAAAAAUUAUUAUUUUUUUUCUUAUAAUUCUAGCAGAAUUUUAAGAUUUUUUUUUUGAAAAAAAUUAAAUCAAUUAUUUGUAGAUUUGAGAGAAAUAGUGUAACCAAAAAAAAAAAAAUUUAAUUACAAUUUUUUUUUUCUCACUUAUGGUAUUUUAGAAUAAUAUGAAUAUUUAUUUGCCUGAAUAAUGGGCUUUAAUGCGAUAAAUUAUUUUAGAUAAUAAUUAUAUAAUUAUAAAGCUGUUUUUUAGAUAAAUUAUUUUCGAAAUUUGAAUAAAAUCCGACAGUAAAAAAAUUGUAAUUAUUACAAUUGUCUUUGUGCGGAUACGUUUUAUUCAUGUCAAUUUUUUUUGUUAGUAAAAAUAUGUAUCAUUAGCUAUUACAAUAUAUUAACACGUGUUAUUAUUAUAACAAUUGCUGGUAAUUAUCAGCUUCGUAUACUUGACCUAUACUUUAUAAUGACCCCUCUAAAAAAGAAAAAAAAAUUAUUAAAAUUAAUUCUUUCCUCUCACUUACUUGCGAGCAAAGUUAUAAGUUAUUAUCUUUACUCUGAAAAGGGUCAACUUCCUAGUUGGAAUUUUACAUAACUGGGUGUUUUUUUUUAUUUAAGCACUUGCAGAUAUAUCUUAUCUUUUUGAGGAAAUAAUACUAAUAA